GCCUGCAUCAUCCGACUCUUACUUUUUCCGUGUUGUUUUAGUUCUGGCGUCUGAACCUUGUCAAUUGUUUGGUGUCAUUGCCACAUUAACUUAUGCAUGAUCGCUUUCACGAGCAACAGUUUGAAAAGAUGUAUUAAUUAUUCAAGAAUUCCGUAAAAGAUUGUUAUUGAAUUAUCAUUGCUUUCGUUCAAAUCUUGAUAAAACAAACAAAAUCGGGAUACAAAAGUGAUUCUUCAACGCACAACACAUUCUACAUGUAAUGUUGUGAACUUAAUAAAGUGCAAUUUCAUUGAUGAAUUAUAAAAUAUAGUCUGAAUCUGAAUGGUAAAGAAGAAGCUCUAUGUAAAAGAAUCCAUCUCUCGGGAGCAAUGCUCACUUGCUGUUGGGAAUAUUGUGAAGAAGCUGUUACCUAGAAUUCCGGUUAUGGGCUGGAAUUGGAUAUUUAUAAUGCUAAUGCACCUACAAGCAGGCGUGUCACAGCUUUCAAAUAAUAAUGCGAAUUUAGAUGAGCUAUCAUCAGCCAAUCCUGAUCAUAUGGGAUAUGGUUGGCCAAGUCGAGUUACAGGAGCUACAGAAAUAGGAGAAUGUGAGGGCCUUGGUUUCCAGAAUGCCUCAAGGAAUCUGUGCGGCUUCUGCACGGGAGGCACCACGAUGCUCUCGGACAAAUAUUACUUAAACUGUGCAGGAAAAUGCGAAGGCAACAAGACUUCGCUGGAUUGUAAUGGGGACUGCAAAGGAAGUGCCUAUAUGGAUGAAUGUUCAGGAGAAUGCAUAGGUGGGAACUCACCAAAGACAGAAAGAGAUGUCGAGUCCUAUCGAGACUGCAGGGGUGGUUGCACCUCCUCUGGAAUUCAGCUGUUUACCGACAGCUGUGGAGUAUGUCAUACCGGAACUUCCCCAUUUCAGGAUUGCACUAACAGGUGUUAUUUACCUGGACAAGAAAGGUUUAUGGCAAAACUUGUGUGCGGACGAUGUGUAGGUGGAACCACUGGCAUUUCUGAAUCAGAAGUUCUGGAUCCAUGUGGAAAUUGCAGAAGCGACGGAGUGGAAUGUCCUUGCAACGGAACAGGUAAAGCCGACCCAUGCGGAGUUUGCAAUGGAGGAGGCGUCUCUUGCAUGCGAGUUAUUCGAUUUCAGCCUCGAGCACUACCUGUAAAUACAAAAGCAAUGGUUGAAAUUGAAGGGGCUUUUCGAGGAAGAACAAAAAACAUUAAAUGCAUAUUUAAAAAUGAAGCAUCUAAUAGAACUGAAUUCUCUGGUUCUGGCAAUGGAACUCAUGUAAAGUGUUCAGUACAACUGAAACUAGGGUCAUAUAAAGUUGGUGUAAAGCUUGAAGUUGGUGAUCGACCUGAAGAAGAUUUUGUUGAGGAUUCAGAACUUUUAGUUUAUGAACCAGCUGAAUAUACUGCAAUGAGUCCAAUGAAAGCUGUUUUUGAUAGAGGUGGCUCUGGUAGCUCUCAGGAGUUGAUUGUGACAUUUACUGGAUCAAAAGUUCCUCGUUUACCUUUAAUUUGUGUGAUAACUGGUGAUGGUUGGCCAGCAGAUAAACGCUUAGCGCCAAGUGAAGCAAAUACUCUUGAUACUUGCAUUAUCCCUUAUCCAAACUCAUCUGUAGAACUAAAUAUUGCUCAAUCAUUUAAUGGUAUUCAUACAUUUAAGAAAACAUUUCCUUUGAGAUUUUAUGCCCCUCCACCUGACAUGAGAAAAUAUUACAUUGCAGAAGAUGGUCAUGCUGUUGUGAUAGUCUUUGACAGACCUGUAAAUUUGUGCAAUUUAGAUAAAUGUUCAUUAAUUUUAAAUAAUGAAACUUUAAUAAGACUUGGCGAAGGAGCUGUGUGUAAAUGGGCUACUAAGCAACAGUUAAUAAUAAAUGUUCAAAAUGCAAUUAAAGGUAAUCCUUUUAGAGUCACAUUUCUUAAAGGUAUUCUGAAACAAGAUGGUCAGAGAUUUGCUCUUCCUAAAAAUGACAGUCUAACUAUAGAUGCUUGGUAUCCUCAGCGAGUUAAUAGUGCCCAAAUUGCUAUUAGUGGACCAACUACUGUACCAUAUUGUGGUACCUUUACAUUAACUGGACAUUUUAGCUCGCCAACUGGAAAUGCUGACUUUGACUGGACUGCUUACAGAGAGGAUGGGCAAAGUUUAGAUAGCAGUCUUUCAAAUGUUUUAUUUGGGGCUAAAUCAAGUUCACUCACUUUGAAUGCAUCACUUUUGGAAGUAAAUAUGAAAUAUACAUUUGUUUUGACUGCUGAGCAACCAGUAAAUGAAAAAUAUGAAGCAAAACAUACGAUUUCUUCUGUGCCUUAUAUUGGUCCUUUAGUAACAGCAUAUUCUGAUGCUAUAACUCAGUCUUCGGUUACAGUUGACCAAAGAAUAACACUUCGAGCAGAUAUAAGCAUUCCUGACUGCAGUACAACGGAUGAACAUGUGCAUUUAUUGUGGUCAGUAAACAAUCCAGAAGUCAGAUUCAAUUUCAAAAUUAGAGAUGAAUAUGUGUAUAUCAUUGAACCCUAUUCCCUACCUGAGAAUUCCAUAGUAAAUUUCUAUGCCAAUGCAUUCUUUGGAAAUAGGUAUAAUGUUACCUAUUCUCAAGUUCAGUUAAGAGUUGAACCAGUGAAAUUGAGAGCUGCAAUCAAAGGGGUUUCAAAAAGAGUAGUUGGUAACAAAGGAGGAACUUUAGUUUUGAAAGGUGAAAAUUUGAACAAAGGACUUCCUUUGGUUUAUCAGUGGCGAUGUUCUGAUCAGGAUGGUCCAAUCUGUUACAACUAUAAAGAAAAUUCUACGGAACCAUUACUUAUACCUAGACGACUUCAAAAUAAGCCCAAAUUAGAAAUUCCAUGUACAAAUUUGAAACCUGGCAAAAUACUUACAUUUGAAUUACAAGUAUAUAAUGCUAGAAAUAGUUUUCAAUCUAGUUCUGUUGCAUCUACUGUGGUAGUUGUUGAAGAUAAAGAAAUACCUUUGAUUGUUAUUGAGAAAGUUUUGGCUGAUGCAUCUCGUCCUGUGCACCGUCAUCCGACUACUUAUGCCUAUGAUAUUCCUGCUGGUUUACCUGUUGCAGUUCAUGCAUCUAUAACAGCAGUAAAAUCACCCAUAAAAUCAGUCAAAUGGGAUAUUAAAGGUUUUUCUUCAUCCUAUACAUUUACUGCAAAAAAUGGUAUGACAGUACUUUUGCUUGAAGAAGGUUUCCUCGUUGGUCAUGGAAUUUAUAUGAUUGGAUUGAGCGCAUGUAAUACAAAAGGAGCUUGUGGUAUUGCUAACUUAACUAUCCAUGCUGUCCCUGGUAUAGCCUUGUGCAAACUUGAUCUGCAACCAUAUGUUGAAUAUGAACCAGUAAAAAUUGAAGUUAAAGAUUGCUCAAUACCAAUAGGCAGGCAGCCUGUCACAUAUCAAUUAUAUCUUCAUUCAUUGAGUUCAGCUUUCCCGUUUUCUAUACCCCAGACAUCCAGUAUUUUUAAUAUGGCUGGUCCUCCUCAACAGACAAGUAAUGGUACUCAGAUAUCUGUUCAGGUUUGUGACAAGUAUAUGUUGUGUACCCUUUUCAAUGGGCCUGUUACUGCUGUUACUUUGACUGAAAGCAGGAAAGAAGACAGAGAGAAAUUAAUAAAUAAAGCUGCACUUGCUGUAGAGAAUCGAAAUCUGCUUCCUGCACUUUCAAUGUUUCUCACUGCUGCCUCUGAUCCGAAUGCCAAGAUGACUAAAAAUGAAAUUAAUCACAUGAUGAAUGCAGCUGCAAAUGCAACGGAUAAGCGUUUUAUUGAUGCAAACCAACUAGCUUUAAUUUACAGUGCCAUGUUACCACUUCUUAGAAGAAAGGAGGAAAAUAUAAAAUUAAAAGCUUUAGAUAUCAUGAAAAGAGCUACUACAUUAGCAUUUGCUCAUAAUGAGAAAAUUCCUUCAUCUGUAUUAGCACUGGGACACUCUAAUACGGCAGAAGCGUUACAGUCUUGUGACUCGGAUUCUGAAGUUUCUAGAAGAGUGAAAGAAGUUCUGGAUGUCUUCAUUGAAAAGAUCAGUGCUGUCAUACCUCUUGGAAGCAAAGUACAGCUCGCAUCCAAAUAUCCUGGAUAUCCUUCUACUUUGGUGUUUAGACAACUUCUUGACAAUACGCCUAUUUAUCUUAAAGCAAAAUCAAACAGUGGUUUAAUGGAAGGAUCUGUGAGAUUCGAGGAUGCAGUUAGAGAAAGGUUACGUAACCGAAAAUGCAGGAAGAAAACUACAGAUUGUGAGGGACUUGUAGUGGCCCUCACACUUUACCCAUCUCAAACACCUUAUCCAAAUAAGCCUAAAAGAACUUCACCUGUUAUGGAAGUCACAUUGCGAAAACCUGAAGAUGGUACACCCAUAAGUAUAUCAAAUGUGCCAAACGCCAUUAAACUUGCCCUCUCUCACAAGGGCAAUAAUACUGAAGCUCAAGAAAAGGGAAUCCUUUAUCGGUGCAGUUUUUGGGAUGAAAGUCUGAAAGAGUGGUCUGAUGUUGGCAUUGUUACAUAUGGCGUAGAUGGCGAUGUUAUGAGAUGCUGGUCAUCACAUCUUACUGCUUUUGCUGUAAUUGAAACAUAUGGUGGCCUGUCCACUGGUGCAAUUGUUGGAAUUAUUGUGACUGUUCUUAUGGGAAUUUUUAUCAUUAUGAUGUUUGCUUUCUUCUUUUUCCGCAAAAAGCAAGCUGCAAAUGCUCGUGUUUCACAUGAAACACUGCCCAAAAGGGAUAAACUUCAAAGCUCAAAUGGAUCAGUUGUCAAAGUAAAGGCAGUUACACCAUAAUCAUUCAACAACUUGUUUGGAGAGAUGUUAGAUUUGAUUGUUCAAAAUAUAGUGAUAUUGGAAAUGGAAUUACUUAUCACAUCCAUUUUGGUAAUAUUCAUAAUUAUUUUGGCUAUUAAAUUUCUUGUAUUAAAAGUAAAACAAGACAUCUCUCUGAAUAUCAUCUGGCAAAGGUAAAUUUCAACAAAUUUAUUCAUUUAACCAUCUUGUAUCGCAAGAGGGGAAAAAAUUUAAAUGUAUGUAAAGUAUUUUUAAAUGUUAAUAAUCAAUAUUUGCAAAACACUAUAUAUUAUUUCAUUUAAAAUUUGAAAAGUUUAUGGCAGUUAAUGAUAGAUGAUGUUAAAUAUUCAUUAAUACAUUAAAUAAAGAAAAACUUAAAAAUAGCACUUGUAUAUUUAAAUAGAUAAGUUAGGUGGUACUUUAAAAUAAAUAAAUAAUCUUAUUGUGGUUUAAUGAUUCUGUCAUUUAAAAAAGAAAAAUGCCUGGAAUACCGGUUGUAUUGCGCAGUUUUUUCUUAUCAUAAAGAAGAGUCAAAUCUUCAAUCUUUUGUUAGUAAUUAUAAGCAAAUUACAUUUAAUUAUUUUUUUAAAAAAAUCUGUAUUUACUGAAAUUUUAAUUGGUCAUAUGAAUGAAGUUUUUCAUGAAAACUUUCAUAGAACUAUAUAAUAUCUUUUUCAGAAUGAUUUACUCUAUUAUUAAUUUUUAAAAAGGCAUUUUCAUACUAAAAUUGUUUAAUCAAUUAUUUUGUAAAAUAACUUCAUCCAAAAUGUUACUGCUGCUGAAAGAACACCAUGUUAUUUUAAUUGUUAGAAAAAUUCAAACAAAUUACAUUUUCACAUUUAAAAUUCCAUAUAUGUACUAUAAAUUCAUACUUCGUUUACUAACCAUACUUUUUAACACGUUCGCUUAAAAAACAUUAGGAAGCUGUGUGGUGUGAUUUGUUAAUAAUGUAUCAAGUAAGUGCUAGAGGAGACUUUUAAAUCAGUUUCUAGAAGAAAUUGAGAGUAUUUCUGUUGAAUGAAUAUGAAACAUAUUGCACAAAGAAAUUUGCUUAAUAUUUCAUUAGAUGUUCUCAUGUGAAUUUCUAUGAAUAUCUAUGUAAUAUACCUGCUAUUGUAAAUUAUCAUCAAGUCACUUUAUAUCAAGCCAUUUUAAACUUAGAUUUCACUGUUUUGUUCAAUAUUACUUUUUUAACUUAAUUUGCUUUGAAAUUUAUUAGAAAAAUAAAGUUACAUAAAAUAUUACAUUUUAUGUAACUUAAUUAAGGAACAAAAAUAAAAUAAACAUUAAAAAAUAUAUGAAGAUAAAUGUUUGAUUCUCUCACAAGCCCUAAUUUUGACUAAGCUAAAUUCAAAAGCAGUUAACUGAUUGGAUUUUUGGUAUAUCCCUGACCAUAUUUUGAUCUGUCGUGAAAAAUAAUGCUUCAUAUAAAUAGUAAUACAUGAAAGAAGGUUGCCAUAUUUACACCUCCUAAGUAUUUUUUUAAUGUAUAUCCUAAAUUCGUUUACUUAUUUUUUCCCCCAUAUUUGAAUUUUGUUUUAAAUUACAGUCGAAGCCUCACAUGAGGAGUAAACCCUAUAACGAGCAAAACAAGAUAUAAAAAAAAAUGACUAUCUAAACGAGCGAUGUUUCGCAAAACAAGUGACGUGGUGAAAUCGUGACAUCACAUUCAGAAUCUUACCUAUAUUUUUAUACUCUUUACAAUCCUGCUUUUAACUUGAAGGGAGGGGACAUCGAAAAACAAGCAUUAAAAACAGACUGAUAGCCGAACGUACAGUUAAUUAAAGCUUCAAAAAAAAAAAAUACGAGACACUUUGAUGAGCACCAUAGUUUGUAUUUUCGAUAUAAGUGAGAGAGGGUUUCAUUAACAUGUGAGUACAAAACUAGCUAGGGACUACAAUACGAAAUUAUUGAGCUUUCGGCUACAGAGGAAGAUAUAAUUGGCUUAAUGCAGCAUCAACAUUCCUCUCUCACCGCCCACUAUUCAAUCCCGUCAUCUGUACGAAGUAGCAGAGCUCCACCAUUUUUGUAUCCAUUAGAAACCAAUCACCGUGCUGGAAGCUUCUCAUCUCUUAUGUCUGAGGCGCCCUAUGUUGGGACUAGAAUGAAUGAAAAAAAUUGUAUAUUGAUAAGCAUCGGCCUAAUAAGGCAAUUGCUAUGUCGCCAUAAAUUCGUUUAGCGAUAAUGAUACGUCUCGUUUAUGCCAAAAUUUGAAGCAUAGCCGAAUACAAUGAUUUUAGAUAAUUAUUAAUAAAAAAACAUGUAUUAUUAAUAAUAAAUUGCAUUGCUAUAAGUUUGAUUGAGUAUUUUUUCGGAAUAGGACACUUUGUGCUAUUUUACAUGGAUUGUUAGGGAAAAAAUUAUUGAGUAUUUCAUAUAUUGAAUAUGAUUCAGGAACGAAUUAUGCUCGUUAAGUGAGGUUCCACUGUGCUUUGUUUCAUAUUUUUUACAUAAAAUUGUACUUAAACUUAGUUUACAUGUUUAUGAUCUCUGCUUAGAUUGUAAACUGAAUAUCAUUGAUUUUUAGUUUUCGGUUCCUCUGUAUUUAUCUGCGAAAAGCGAUAAUUAUAAAGGUGUUAAUAUCUAAUUUUGUGUCUCGAAUUUUAAUUAAUA